AUGGAAUCGAUCAAGCCCAAGGGGCCUUCACGCCCAAAGAAAGCAAAUUUUCGUAAAGGCUCUACGGUAAUUGUGAAAUCAGGAAAGAAACCAGCAGUGAUCAUUGAAGCAGUUGGACUUCGGAAAUGGAGUAUACGACAGGUCGGCACAAAUGGCAAACUGUUUGGACCAGCAGUAGAGAAGACGUCACAACAGCUCCGGCAUCCAACGGUGGAGGAAGAGUUUUCUCUGGAAGAGUCUGCACCGGAAGAGGCUCCACCAAUGGAAGAGGCUCCUCUGCUGCCCGGGUCUUCGUCUUCGUCUUCGUCUUCGAGUAAUGGUCCUUCGUAUCGAUGGGAAACACAUCUACAAAUCAAGUCCAAGGCAAUCGAAACAGUACUCGACGAUGAUGAUGCCACCGCAAGCGUGGCAUCGGAAACUGAUUCAGUGUCUGAUGGGAUUGAGGAUGACCCAGACGAUGUACAAGAAGAAGUUCCAUACUUCUUGCAUGAUGUGGAGUAUGGUGAAGAGAUCGCUCUCGAACCCAACGAUUUAGUUGUAUCAAGAGGGAUUGAAUUAGAUGAGAGCAAGCACAAAGCAAAGUGGGAUCAGUACAUUCUGGAUAAGGAGCAGCUAAUUGCAGACAAAUGGACGGUGCAAAGAAAGCCACCACACGGCCAUGGUUUGGAGAUUGGAUCCAUGGUUGCAGAAAGGCGCAAGGGAGGAAGAAAAGGUCUCAUUGUUGGAGACGACCGUGAGGAAGAUGGAAAACCCGCGUGGACAGUUAUGUUUGAAGGAGAGCCUGAAGCAACCUCUAACAUACCGUCAACAAAGCUAAAAGGAGUCAAAGAUGAAAGGAUUUUCACGUGGGAAACUGUUCGAGACUCUGUGCCUGACGAUCCUGUGGAGGAUCAACCUUAUUCAAUGAGUGGCGUCGUUGGAUUUGACUUCAGUCGCAUCUUUGGCCAGGAAACUGGCAAGACCAGCUCCGGUGCUUGA